AUGAGGAUGACUCCGGACGCCGAAGAGUCCAUCAGGUGUUCAGUCUGCAGCUGUUCGUGUUUCAAACCAGGAAGCGUCCAGCUCAGGUCAUGUGAUCGGUGUGGACACGGCUGGGUGGCUCACGCCCUGGAGCGGCUCCAGGCCCAGCCUCCGUCCGGCUGCGGCCCGGUGGAGGUGGCCCUCCCUGGGCUGGUGUUCGACUUGAGCUCCCUGGUGCUGUACGGGGCUCAGGCGGUUCCGGUCCGGCUGAAGAUCCUGCUGGACCGGCUGUACAGCGUCCUGACGCCCGAGCAGGUGGGGAACAUCGUGGCCACGCUGGGCUGGAGUCUGGGGGACUACGUCCGAGGAUACAUGCUGACGUUCCCCAGUGGGAAGGUGUUGAACCGCUGGCUGAUGGCCACUCCAGACGAAGAGAUGCUCAUCUUGAAACAGUUCCUUCGCUUCGGCGAGACUCGACCAAUCGUGGAGCUGAUGACGCUUCAGUACCUGGAAGCUGCCAAUCACCUCCCUGAUCCGGAGCUAAAGCCCGCCCCUAAGAGCUGCCAGUCAAACAGGGGAACGCUGACCAUGCUGAGGAACCCAAGAGGAGACUCUCGAUUGGUGGCCGGACUCUGCGGUUUCGAGAGGAACAGUCCAUCCGACCACAGCGACGCUGUCCACCAUUUUGAAAACUUCCCAGGAGCUCGUUCCUCCCAGUAA